GUUGAUCCGAUGCAGAUUCCACAGGGGCCACCGUUCGGUGUUCCGAGCCUUCCCUCCAUGCCCAGCAUUGGGGGCAUGAUGCCCGGAGCAAACCCGAUGGGGGCCAUGCCUGGCGCUGCCCCUGGUGCCAUGCCUGGAGCUAUGCCUGGUGCCAUGCCUGGCACCAUGCCAGGUGCAAUGCCAGGCGCUAUGCCCAACGCGAUGCAGGGAGCCAUGCCGGGCGCGAUGCCGGCGGCGAUGCCCGGAGCAAUGCCAGGCGCCAUGCCGGGCGCAAUGCCAGGAGCAAUGCCAGGCGCGAUGCCGGGCGCAAUGCCUGGUGCCAUGCCAGGUGCCAUGCCAGGUGCAAUGCCUGGAGCAAUGCCAGGGGCCAUGCCAGGAGCAAUGCCAGGUGCAAUGCCAGGGGCCAUGCCAGGCGCGAUGCCAGCGGCGAUGCCUGGAGCUGCGCCGGGAGCACCGGCGGCUCCUGCGACGGCGCUGCUGGCAUCGAAGGCAACUGAGCAG